GGACAAAGCAAGCUGCAACUCACCUGUGUUGCGAAAACCGCAAGUGUUGGUGAGUGGGUGUUUGACGAUAAAAGCAUGAACGAGAAGGAUUUGAAGUGCGUACCGGUUUCCGACUACUGCCCAGAUCUGCGAGGGUUCGUCAGCGCCACGAAGCAAAUCGCAAGUCAGCUGGACACAACCGCGGUGAUAAAGCAGCAAAGUUGGCGCGGGCGGUCGUUGCCAGAAGAGUGGGCGGAGCGGGAAUAUUUUACGGAUUCGGUUUACCAAUUGAAGUGCAAAACAGGGUUGGAACUGGUUCCAGUGCUGCAAACAGCGACGACUUCAGGUGGUGGAACAACUGCAGCAACCGCUGGAGAUGAGAGGACACUUGCCACAGGACCUGGACUUAAUUCUGCCGUGUUAUCUUUUGAAACAACGGUAGAGUGCAAUGAGAGGG